AGGAAAGAACUUCAUGCCUUGGAUAUGCUGCUGUUUCAAAUUCUAGUUAGGGCCAAAUGGCAGCAGUGGCAACAACUUCUGUACCUGCACCUGCAGCCCAACCUGCACCCGCACCCGAACCCGAGCGGCCAAUCGAGGAGCUUUUCACAGAAGACCAGCUCGUUACUUACAAGGAAGUCUUCUCCGUCUUUGACAAGGACGAAGAUGGCUUUGUGGCGGCCAAGGAGAUCGGGCCGAUGCUCCGAGCAGUCGUCCAGAACCCGACGCAGGCAGAGAUCCGGGGGAUGGUCCUCGAGAUGGAUCCGCUGCAGAUUGGGAACAAGCUGUACGACUUCCCCACGUUUCUGCGGUACGUAAGCCGGAGGAUGAAGGAGUAUGACACCGAGGAGGAGCUGCGGGAGGCGUUCCGGGUGUUUGACAAGGAGCAAAACGGGCAGGUGUCGGCGGCGGAGCUGCGGGAGGUGGUGACGACGCUGGGGGAGGUUUUCACGCCGGACGAGGUGAGCUUGCUCAUGAAAGAUGCCAAGGUGAAUGCCGAGGGGAUGAUCAACUACGAGGGCCUCAUCAAGAUGAUGAUGAAGAAGUGAGCGAGCGAGUGCGGAAGAAAAAGCUAGAGGAGAAGUACCAUACCUCGGGCCGGAGAUCCUUGUCUCCUCGAAAGUGAUGGAUUUUCGCGGCUUGAAGCUCGUCGAUGUCCACAACUCCAAUCCCUUUUGAUCCCCACGCGUUAAGUUACGCCUUGAUCAAAGCCUCGAAACCAGAACAAGAAGAAACUUACAUUCGUAGCCACGAAGAACACCACUGAAAGAAAAAAAAAUGAGAAUGUUUCAUA